GCAAAACUUUAAUAUGACGUUAAUUAUUUGACAGUCGUUUAAAUUUUUAUUAUUUCACGUUAUACAUUAAAAUGUAAUACAAAAGCAACAAAAAAUCAUACAUUACGAAAUACUUCAUCACAUACACCAAAAACAACAGCCAAAAUGUUGCGUAAAAUACUGAACAGCGUGAUAGAAAACAGCCUGCAACCCAUAGAGUCGACACUGUACCCGUCCGCAUUUAAUUUGAAGGAAACCUCGCAUUUUAGUUGGCUUUUAAACUAUGCCCCAUGUUUUCCGAUAAGUACACAAAAUAUUAGGAUUAUUACAGAACCGAAGCAAUUUUACGAUGCUAUAAUUGAUAAUUGCAAGAAUGCCAAGAAGAGAAUAACUUUGGUUAGUUUGUAUUUAGGGAACGGGAAGUUAGAGAAAGAGAUUGUUGAUACAGUAAGGAAUAAUACGAGUUUUAAGGAAAAUAAGUUGGAAGUCAACGUUUUGUUAGAUUAUACUAGGGGAAGUAGGUUUCAAAAUAAUUCCAGAAAGAUGUUACAGCCUUUGUUACAAGACAACACAAAUUGUAACAUAUCUUUGUACCAUACACCUGUUUUAAGAGGUGUUUACAAAAAAUUGACGCCAAAUCGUUGGAAUGAGUUGUAUGGCUUGCAACAUAUGAAAAUGUAUAUUUUUGAUGAUACUUUAAUUAUUAGUGGAGCGAAUUUAUCAAAUGAUUACUUUACUAAUCGUCAGGAUCGUUAUUUUAUGAUUCAAGACAAAGGUUUAAGUGAUUUUUACUGUGGUUUAGUAAAUAGAGUUCAAAAAUUUAGCCUACAAAUGGACAAAAAUGAUAAAUUAACUCUUAGCAAUGAUUGGCAGUAUUCCCCUUAUGAAGGAAGCAAAUAUAAGUUCAUCAAAAAGUCAGGAGAUUUGAUAGAGCAGUAUUUGAUUGAUUCAAAAAAUGAACAAAAUACGCAUAAAAAUAAAGGUCAUGACACUUGGGUGUUUCCACUGGUUCAAAUGGGACAACUGGGCAUAGAACAAGAUUCCCAAGUGACUGAAAAAAUACUUGCUGAAACGCCUGAAGGCAGCAGGCUGAAUAUAGCUUCAGGUUACUUUAAUUUGACUAGUCAAUACAUGGAAACUUUGAUCAAUUCUUCCAGAGGGACUUGCAGUAUUCUUAUGGCCCACCCAGAGGCGAACGGUUUUUUGGGGGCGAAAGGAGCCGCUGGAGGUAUUCCGUAUGCAUAUUCUUUAAUAGCUUACAAAUUCAAGAAAAAAUGCAUAAAAUAUGGACAAAAUAAGAGACUCAUACUGUUGGAAUAUUUUAAAAAAGGUUGGACAUACCAUGCCAAAGGACUAUGGUACUACCCCCCAAAUAGCAAAUACCCCUGCCUUACGCUAAUAGGUUCCCCAAAUUUCGGCGGUAGAUCCGUGAAAAAAGACCUGGAAAGCCAACUAGCGCUGAUAACAGAAAACGAAGAUUUGAAGAAACAACUGCACAAAGAAUGCACCGAAUUGUACGAAAUGGGUUUACCCGAAAAAACCGAAAGAACCGUGCCCAAAUGGGUGUACUUAUUUGUGUUCUUGUUUAGAGACUUUUUUUGAGUUCUAUAGUUGUUUUUGUUGCAAUAAUAAAUGUUUAUGAUUGUUGAGAA